CGGUAAAAAAAUAAGUAGUAGCACGAAUCCUUUUGUGGCGUUAAAUAACACAUCUGAAGCAGGUUUGCGGGUGGGAAAGAAAAGACAGGAUUUUGAAUGUUGGGACUGCUCACUCCUCGUAACUCUCUCGGGAGCGCCCUGUCUUAUAACAACUACAAAUUCUUCUUUCAUCAUUGCCCCCGUUUGUCAGGACAUUUUUGUCUGGUGUGCCUGCCUUACCACUUGGGACCUGCAACACUUUAGCUGGUGCUGGGUUGUUAUUUUUUUGCGCAAGCUGGGCUUGUAGACACAUUUAUAGCUUAUGCACACAUUUCUUUUGGUGCGUUUUUUUCAUGUAAUGAAGUUGAAUUUAAGUGACAGUGAAGUUAUAUUGCUUAACAAAUCCCUCUGAGUGUGAUUUGUAUUAUGCACAUCAGUUUGACAUGAAAUGGUUUCAAUGAAAGUGUCCUUUAUUAGUUUGUGAUGUUCAACAUGACUGCAGUGCAGCUGAAGUACGAGUUGAUGUCAAAAAGUAUAAGUAAAGUAAGUAAGUAAGUAAAUAGUAACACCAGACUGACCUAAAACGAACUCGCAGUGACAUCAUAUGACAUCACAGAACAACAUUCUAUAGAACCUUCACAUCAUAACCAUUAAAGUUCUAGACUCUGGUAAAGUUCCGUCAAGUUGUUUAUUUUCUCCGGAUCACUUCACCGUGAACGCACUGAAAAAGCCUUCUACGAAAGAAAAACUCAAAACGUUGCUAGCUACCUGACGCUAUAAGCAUCUCACAAAAUCUGCAAAAGAGAUGGAUCUCCAAGCAGUUUUUGAUCAAACUACGAAGGAGAUGACAUGGGAAGAGGUGGUCGCCACUAUUCAGUCGAUGGCUGAGGACAUGUCAGAAGACACAACCAUCUACCCUCCACCUGUGUUUCCAUGUUCUUCUCCUUUUGUUGCUGGGCAAGACGUCCCAGAGGCCUCCCAGCCUCAUUUGCUGAAUCCUUUGAGCGGCGAAAACGCUCGCUCUGUCCCUCUUGGAGCAGCUCCAUGCAGCUCAGAGGACCCCCUUCACCUGGAGACUGCUCCAGGACUGAAUGCUGAGCAGUCUUCCCUCAUUACCGACCGAGGACCGCUUGGUCCCAUACAAGCUGGUGUGACCCCUGCAGACUAUGCUGCACCUUCAGUGGUGCCAAAUACCACGUCUGAGCAGACAGAAUUUGAAGCUGAACUGAGAGAGUUGAUGACCACUCUCCCGUCUCUGGCUGAUCUAGCAUCCUGGUAUUCUCCACCACCAUCUCCACCCCGUUCUCCGGACUCUGAACCUUCAUCUGGUCCCCUUCUUGUCCUUGGGAAGCCAAACAGUAGCCAACUUCAGCCAAUGGAAAUAGAGAGCUCCGACUGCCGUCCUCAGCCGGUGGCUUUUCCUGGAGUGAAUGUUGUGCACUGUGCUUCCAUCAAGUACCAAGGACAAGUGACACAGUCUGAUUUUCCAUCUUCAGACUCUGGUGCACCCCCCGUGGUGUCACUAAAAAGAAAGAGGAGUGACCAGGAUGAAGGUGUUCCCUACGUGAAGAAGCCGCUAAAUGCCUUCAUGCUCUAUCGCAAGGAGCAGAGGCCUCACGUAGCGGCUCAACUGAACAUCAGCAACAGUGGGGAACUGAACAGAGUCCUGGGACAAAAGUGGAAAUCUCUAUUGCCGGAGGAGAAGACCAAAUACUACGAGGAAGCUGAGAGGGAGAAGCUGAUCCACAUCUUAGAGUACCCCACCUGGUCAUGCAAGGACAAUUACGGCAAAAAGAGAAAGAGACACAGGAGGAAGGUUCGACCCGGUGAUGAAGCCGCACAAACAUCUAAAGAGCAGCGAGUGGAGCCGGUUCAGACGGAUCUGGACCACGGGGAGUACCACCAGUGGAAUAACCAGACCCAGACACCGGCAACAGACUACACCUACCUCUACCCUUGUCCUACUCUCACUACUAUUGAUCUGUCUGCUUUUCAUCAGACCUGACUGCAGAUUCCUGUCUUGUAUAAUAAAUGUAUAAACUGUGUGACAUGGGUGAAUUGUUUCUCUUUUCAUAGUUAUUUAUUGCAGAUUUUGCAUGAUGUGUUUAUGCAGUUCUUUCAGUGUUGUUAGUGUUGUGAUGAGUUACUGCAUGAAACUGACCUUACGAUUUUAAUGAUAUGAAACAUGGCUGAUGGAACCAUGGGUAUGUGAACCAAAGUUCACAGUAAAUCAUUUCAAAGAUUUUUUAUUUUUUUUUCACCAAAUCAAUAAAGAUCAAAGUUUUUUCAGAUCUGUUUUUCUGAGCAAAAUGUGCAAUUUCAUUGUUCCUAAAAACGCAAUUCAGAACUCACUCACCCAACACUCAGCUUAGCAGAGGUAUCAUAAAUACAUUUUCUCCGUUAAGUUUUCAUGGUGGCACAUUGAAAGUAGCUACAACCUUUCACAUAGACCAAUGCGAUUCAGUACAAAGUCAGGAAAUAAUCCAAUCCUUUCAUGAAGUGUCUACCUCAGUUUUUUUCUUUUACCAGUUAAAAAGUGCUGCAGUUUUGUGUAACAAUUUUUUCCAUGACCUGGAAGGGAAAUAGAUCACAGAGUACAGAAGCAUUGUCUUUCUGUGAACCUAUGGUGUCUAAUUUAUAAAUGUACCUAUAAAUAUAGUCAUGCAAGUUGUGCUGCACAAUUCCAAUCUAUACGUUUAAGGAUUUUUCAAGCUAAGCAAGACACUGACAGCAUCUAAGGAGCCAUGUUUUUUUUUUCUUUUACCAGCCUUCGCAUGAGAGCCUCUAUAUCCUCAUUACUCAGCCAAAGUAAAAUAAGUAAAGGUUCUUAAUCAGGGAUGAAGUAGUUUCAGACCUCUUACUGACAAGAUUAAAGGUGAAAAUACCAGGGGACAAUUGGCAUUAGACUGGAGUGAGGGGGCUGAGCGGCUUUAUGUGAGGCUCCUUUUCUCUAAUCUCCUGCUUCCACCAAUCUGACUGAGUUCCACGUAGGUGGGGAGCCCCUGCUGGUACACUUCACAUUCUCUCAGCACAGAAUAAGCCAUUCAUCUCCUAAUUACAAGAUCUAAUUAAGCUGAAAACUGGACAGCCAUUGUUAGCAUCCAGCAAGUUCUAUGAAACUGAGAAUACAGGUGUGAAAAAAAACGUACAUCCGUAGUGUUAAUUGUUUGUGUAGCAUCUGCACUGUCCCUACUGUUUCGAAUGAUCCAAGUUUGCAAUAUGGGGACAUGUUUAGUUGUCACAGCACAUCAGCGUGCUGUAUAAUUGAAUUUAAUCAUCAAGCUGCACUUCGGUUAAAACUUUAAAAAAAAUCAACUUUUUAAAAAGUAAUGAAUAUGCUCUAAUUAUCAGAGCCAUCGCCGCCAGAAAGUCUGAUAAACUUCCCAAGGAUUAUCACUCGAGGUUAAUCUCUCAAGGAGAUCUUACGCCCGCUAAUUUGCUUCAAUGUACUGUAUUUGCAAAGCGUGAGGAUGAACCACUAGACGGGCCUUGGCUCAGUGGCUGAAGACUCAUAAGAGCCUUACAGCAUAUCACUAAAAAUACAUUCCCCGCGGUAGCCAUGAAAGAAAAAGCACUUCGUGUCGGAAUCUCUCUAACAAGGUUUUUUUUUUUUUUUUUGAGGAGACAACUGCUCACAUUGGUGGAAAACAAGCACCAACCGGAUCUCUCCGGCUGCCAUCGCGGACGGCGUGCGCCUCCAUUUUAUUAGCGCUGCACAGAGAGGGAUGCAGAGUGAUGGAGUCCCAUUGCGAUGACUGGGGACUGAGAUGUUUCCAUCAUGAUGCCCUCUGACAACAUAAUUAUGCAUUGUAUCACACUUCGCACGGCUCGCCAAGCCACAUCAGCCACAGCUCCAAGUCCAGCAUCCCAGCAGCAGCAGCAGCGGCGGUGGAGCGGAGGGAUGGAGGGGUGGAGGGGUGGAGGGGUGGAGGAGGGGGGUCUGAAUCUUGGAGCCUGAAGCAAAGCAAACGCAGAGGCAGUAGAUUGGAGACCAGGCGCAGAGGGGGCUGAAUAGGGAUGUCAAGGGAGCGCCAGUGGUCUUUCACUUUGCAUCAGCGUCAGAUUAAGGGCGCUGGAAAGAGGAGCGGGAGCUCGGGAACCGAGGGGCAAGGGUGGCAAAGGGGUGUGUGGAGCGAGAGAGGAGAGUGUUAAUCCUGGAGCCAGAGCUGCAACUCCACGUAACUGGGAGGUCACCUCAGAGACUCGAAAACACGAGGAAAGAGAAAUCCGCCUCCACAAGAGAUCUCACUGCAGUGGCACGGGUACAAUUCUAGCUAGAUGCGCGCUGCUGCAUGCUGUCCCAGUACUUCCUGUUCCUCUCAGCUAAUUAUGCCUUUACUGGAUGUAAGAUUAAAAAAGAUAUAUAUAUGUCACUGUAAGUAGCAACACAUAACUGUGAAUAUAUGUGUUCAGAUGUUUUAGACGGAGUAUCAAUGCACUGUGCUACUGUACAUUUCUGCAAGAGGUGCAUCACAAAAGUAAAACAAGCAAACCAGGCUUCCGUUAACCCCUCCAUUUAAACCGGCUUCCUGGUUUUGUUAACACCGGGUGACGCGAGUUUCAAUGCAAACACGUGUUGUCACCCGGCAUUCGCUGAAUCGGCCCCUGCCAUUGUCUUUCUUGGACGGUGCUGUCUCCGAUUAAAACAACACGGCUGGUAACAUUAACGUAUGCGGCACACGGACGCAUCAACGCAGGGAGGGCGACAAUGAAAAGAUACGCGACCAGUCCAAACACAGCUUAAUACGUUAUCGCGUUUGUUCAUGCUGGGUUUUAGAACAACUGCUGGAAACUUAUUUCAUCGCGGCAGUUCCACGAUAAGCGUAUGGUUGAAUGUAGGAGAAGUCGCGCACGGCGCGAGAGCGCGAUAGUGUGGUGGAGUAGGUGCUCUCCCCCGGGUAAAUAUCUGCUUUCUAUUGGGGCUGAAAAUGUAUGUGUAGUGUGUUUGUCAUUGUGUCUUAAAGAAAAUUGCCUCCACAAAGCCGAAUGAAGCGCACGCCGAUGCCAGGCCGAUCUCGGAAAAAAAACGCCACAUUUAUCUAACCCAUAUGAGACAGCUGGGCUUCGCCACAAGAGUGGGAAUUAUCCCCUAUGAUCCUCAGAGGUCACCGCCGCGGUGGCGCAGGUGCCCCGUCCGUCCCGCCUCAGCCAAUGGGGGAGGCUAGGUAAAAGGGGGCGGGGGCCAAAAGUGGCUCCUUAAAUCUCCACCUUCAUUAAUCACACUUUGCAUGCCCGCGGCCCACCGAGCAGUGUGACAGUGACAGCACUGAGAAUGAUUAAUACUUAAUGCAGCGUUUAAGAGAAUGAUUUAUGCCAUCUGUUAGUGGAUGACAUGCCGCAGAAGUCGGCCUCACCACUAACACACACUUGUCAGCAAGGAUUAGGGGAAUGAUACAUAACUUAAUCUCAGGAGCAGCAGGUCACCUCCAAAAUUAGGCUGAUUUUAGACCAUGAACACAAGGGGGGGAGACGCGGGUGCAAAGGGAGGAUAUACAGGGGUGGAUAUGCAUAACCUCGGCGUCGAAUUAAUUGCUGCUGGCCAGGAACGGUCCGCAACUAAUCAGGCACUGUGUUCCUCUGGUAUUAACCCCUAACGCGCAACAGGCUGCCAGGGAGUCAUUACAAACUCAAACCAUCCAUCUAUUUUCUUCCAAUUAUCUAGUUAGGGAGCUCAGCACAUGGGGCCGCGUCCAUGUAUUCCAGGACUUACAGGGAAUUUACAGACUGGACGAGAGACGUAAUCCCCACAUAAAGCUCGGCGUCCUAAUCAGAUGCCUAAUGCCAGCCAUUUGGGAUUUGCUUUCAGUGAGAAGCGGCAUCAUCCGUCUUUCGAGCUUCAUCUGAAUAUCCAGGUUCCUCAGUCUGAGAGUCUAAGAGGAGAUCAUUUUGGUAUCCAUGAACUAAAGAUGAGCCAUAAAUACCUCGGGCGUAGGUUUUAAUUUAUAAUUCAGCAGCGUAUUCGGCAGCACUGUUGGAUACUAAGUAUUAUACAUGCAACAGCUCGAACCAUCCAUCUAUUUUUUUUUUUUUUUUUUUUAAUUGUCAAAUCGGGGAACACAGUUCACUGGAUCCGUGUUUUUCUAGCACUUCCUGAGGCAUUUACAAGAUGGACAGGAACGAGCUCGGUCCGCAUGUCCAGGUUCCUCACUCUGUCUCUAUCAUCUUGGUAUUCAUGAACUGAAAGCGAGCUAACAGCCAUAAAUACCUCCUCUGUAGGUUUUAAUUUAUAGUUCAACAGCAUAUUUCACCCAGUGACAGCCAUUGCCGGUCAGAUAUAUUAUACAUGCACUGGCUUGUCAGCUGGUCAUUACGAACUCAAACCAUCCAUCCAUAUACUUUCUGCUUUAAUUAUGUUAUACUCUAAUUAUCUUCUCCUCGGUAACGGUGUUUACAGUCUUUCAUUUGCUUCAUGCAGCCUGCACGUACCGCUAUUCAUGUGGCACUGAAAACCAGGCGACUACUGAGUGCCGCUACUUUCUUUGAUCACUUGUAUUCACCAUAUAGAAAUUUCCGUCACGGUCUCCAUGUGGUAUCUCGGAAGCCUUUAUGUCACGGAUGAAUUUUUGAGGACGCGUUUGUUGCAUUGUGGCCUCGAAUAAGAAGCUUUUGCAGCUUUAACCCUUUGGGUCCUACGGGUUGAGGGUUGAAUUUGAAGACCAGGUCAACACCUUCUGCCGUUCUUCAUGUUUUUUUUAGUUGUCAGGCUGCCUCCUGCUGGGGAGUGUCAUUGCUAUGGGGUGGGGGCACCUGGUCUGGUCUACAUGUCUACGUAACAUCCAAGGUGGUCAGUGUAAUUUACUUCACCUGUCAGUGGUUUUAAUGUUGUGGCUGAUCGGUGCACUGAACCCAAAAGUGAUACCUUAACUACGAGACAACAGUUAUAGAGAUAAACUCUGUAGCUGCUCUGAUAUGCACCAUUUAUGCGCCAUUUUCCAACUGAGAAGGUUAAAGCAGAUCUUUUUGUCAUUUCUCAGCUUAUACACAUAAGCUGGAGCCAAAAAACACAGAACGUAAUACACACUGCACACAGAACAUGCCAGAUAUUUUAACAAAUAUUCAAGGGGGAAAUAUGAGAUAGAAUAUACAUGUUAGAGGGUUAUUUAAAGGCCAUAAGCUCUAAAAUCAAGGCUGGCUAUUGUACGGUGACGGACAAGUAUCAUCUAAUCUAACGUCUUGAUUGCAAAUGAGGUGCGUUAUCUCUGCCUGCCUCCCCCUCCUCCCCGUCUCUCUGUAACAUUUACAUAUUCAAACAAACUGUCAAAGCUCCAAAACAAACUAUUUGUUAUCCGUCAGAGUUUGCAUGGUUAAAAAUACUCUGCAUCCAAUCUGCAUAAAAUGUAUCAGCAUUCCAUGAGAGAUUACCGGGUUUUCUUCUUCUCUGCUCUACUUCUCUGUUCUUUUACAGUGCGGCGUCGGAUGACAAGGUGAACGCAAGGUUAAUCAGUCGGGUCACUGCUUUGAAUCUUUCUCUUCGGGAAGGUUGCGCUCCGGUUUCCCGUUUGAUGUCGCGUCUGAGAGUUAAUCGACGCGAUCAGUCCCCCAACAACGCUCGGUCCCUGCUUCACUCAAUAAACAGCCUGUCCAAGACUUCACUUCAGAUUACUGUUAACGUUGAACUUUCAUAAAGCCUCUGUUUCCAAACCGGGCUGAAACCCACUGCUGUAUCCAAAUGUGGACAAAAUGUGUCCUUGGGUAUUACUAUUCUUAAACCUAAACCGGGCCCCAGAGAGGGGAUGUUUGUCAGCCACAGACAAGCACAGGCUUGCCCAUCAGCGGAGACGUUCGACUGCAAUGGUGUCCAAGAGCGUGUGCUCUUCAUGCUUUGAUAAAACUGCACAAAACAACCCUGAGUGUUGCAGAGAGGUGCUACGCGAGGUCACUUGUAUGACAAUAUGCAGUCAAACUGGCAGCUUAUUUUUUUAUUACCACCCCCCUCACCCCAAAAAAUCUGUAAUUCAGUUCUUUAAAUGAGAGAAGCAGAUUGCGGAUCUGAA